AUGAUGAAGCAUGCAUGGUCUAAUUAUGAAAAGUAUGCUUGGGGUUCAAAUGAAUUGCGACCUGUAUCGAGACGUGGUCACAGUGCUAGUAUAUUUGGUACAUUACCACUAGGAGCAACCAUUGUAGAUGCCAUUGAUACUCUAUAUAUUAUGGAUUUUAAAGAGGAAUUUGCAAAAGCUAGAGAUUGGAUUGCAGACAACUUAGUAUUUGAAGGGUCGACAGAGUUAUCUGUAUUUGAAACAAAUAUUAGAUUCAUAGGGGGAUUAUUAUCAGCUUAUGCUCUAUCAGGAGAUGAGAUGUUCAAAAAGAAAGCUAAGAUUAUCGCUGAUAAGUUAAUGCCAGCUUUUAAAACUCCAAGUGGUAUACCACAAAGUAUGGUCAAUAUUAAAACUGGUAACAGUAGAAAUUGGGGCUGGGCCUCUGGUGGUUGUUCUAUUUUAUCAGAAUUUGGGUCAUUACAUUUAGAAUUCACAUAUUUAUCAGAUGUAGUUAAUGAUAAACUAUAUGCUGAUAAGGUAAUGAAGAUAAGAGAUCAUCUCAAGAAUCUAGAUAAACCUAAUGGACUAUACCCUAAUUAUCUCAACCCAAAGACUGGAAAAUUUGGACAACAUCACGUUUCAGUUGGUGCAUUAGGUGAUAGUUUUUAUGAAUAUUUGAUAAAAACAUACCUUAUGUCUGGUAAAAAAGAUACAGAUGCAAAAACCAUGUAUUUUGAUGCUAUAAAGGCUAUAGAAAAUAAAAUGUUAGUUACAUCUAAAGAUGGAUUAAAAUACUUCGCUGAAUAUAAAUCUGGAAGAUUAGAUCAUAAAAUGGACCAUUUAGCUUGUUUUUCAGGUGGUAUGCUGGCUUUAGGUGCAAAUUAUUCUACAGACCCUCCUAAAUAUAUUAAACUAGGAGAAGAAAUAGCUAAAACAUGUCAUGAAUCUUAUGAUAGAUCAGCAACAAAAUUAGGACCAGAAGCAUUUAGAUUUGAUAGUUCCACUCAAGCAAAGGCAACACGACAGAAUGAAAAAUAUUACAUAUUGAGACCUGAAGUUAUCGAGACUUAUUUCUAUAUGUGGCGCAUCACUAAAAAACAAAUGUACAGAGAUUGGGCUUGGGAAGCUGUACAGGCAUUAGAGAAAUGGUGUAGAGUGGAGAGUGGAUAUACAGGUAUAAGAGAUGUGUAUCAAAUCAGUCCUCCUAAAGAUGAUGUACAACAAAGUUUUUUCUUAGCAGAAACUCUCAAAUACUUAUUUUUAAUAUUUUCAGACGACUCUGUUAUGCCUUUAGAUAAAUGGGUCUUUAAUACUGAAGCCCAUCCAUUACCAAUUAAGUCAUAA